AUGACAGGUGAGAUAAUAACGCUCCAGAUUGGACAGUGUGGUAACCAAGUUGGGAAACAGUUCUGGUCACAAUUAAUUAAGGAGCAUGGAAUUGACAAAGAUGGUCAGAGUAAGGAACCUGAUAAUAACGAUAGUAAUACGGUGAGAGAAGAUGACCCGACAAUCUUUUUCCGUCAAAACGAUAGUAACAGAUUUACGCCUCGAGCUUUGAUGUUUGAUUUAGAACCAAGUGCGAUUGCAAACGUACAAAAUUCAUUUCCGGGUUUGUUCAAUGAGCGAAACGUAUGGGUAUCUAAAGACGAGCUGGGAGCUGGAAAUACAUGGUCUAAGGGCUACGAUUACGGUCUCGAGAACCAAGAGGAGUUCAUCGACAUGAUCGACAAAGAAAUAGACGCCACAGAAAAUUUUGAAGGUUUUCAGCUUCUUCACUCGGUAGCGGGAGGUACGGGCUCAGGGUUGGGAUCUAACUUCUUAGAGGCUCUGUCGGAUCGGUAUCACAAAAAAAUUGUAACCACGUAUUCCGUGUUCCCCAGUAGCGAAUCGGAAGUUGUUAUUCAGCCCUACAAUACUAUUCUAACUUUGAGACGAUUAAUCGAGAAUAGUGAUGCAUCUGUUGUUUUUGACAAUAACGCCUUGUUGAAUUUGGCUACCAGAGUUUUUCGCGACCGCAACACCAGCUAUGAACAAACUAAUCAAUUGAUUGCAAGUGUGUUAUCCUCUGUGACCAACAGCCUAAGAUUUCCGAGCUACAUGUAUAACUCACUUCCCAGCAUAUUUUCUACUUUAGUCCCAACUGCUGACUUGCACUUCCUGGUACCGAGCUUCACGCCUUUUACGGCAGAUUUUAUCCCUGAAGUCCGAGAUUUCAAGAAAAGCUCAGCAUACGAUGUUGUGCUUGAUCUGUUUGAUAAAAACAAUGGAAUGAUUUUGCGAAGUAACGAUACUCCCGUUUAUUUGAGUAUUUACGACUCUAUCCUGGGACCAGUAGACCAGACAGAUAUUACAAGAGCUAUUUUGAAGUCUCAACAGCGCGUAAAGUUUCCACCUUGGUCACCUACCGCACUUCACGUUAACGUUGGAAAGAAAUCUUUAUACAAUGUAUCGCCGGGUUCUGACCGGGUGAGUGGUAUGAUGCUAGCUAAUACAAGCUCAGUCAACGCUCUUCUGCAAACGGCAUGUUCGAGUUUCGAUGUCCUUUUUAAGAGAGGUGCAUUUAUACACAUGUACCAAGACGGCAGAAUGUUUCAGAAUGGCGUUGACGAAUUUGUGGAAUCGCGGGAGAUUGUUCAGUCUUGCAUUGAUGAGUAUUUUUCAGCUGAGCAGGAAACAUUUUUGGACGAUGUUCUAAUUGAGGAUGAGAACAUGGUGGGUAAUAUCGAUGGCUUGGAUGCAGAUGGUGACAAUAUUAUAUGA